AUGGCGAUUGCAAAGUAUGGAAUCGUAGGGAUUGGUAUGAUGGGUAGAGAACAUCUCAUCAAUCUUCACCAUCUCCGAGAUCAAGGCCUCUCCGUCGUUUGCAUCGCCGAUCCUCACCCUCCCUCACAGCUUCUUGCCACUGAACUAGCUCGAUCCUUUGGCUGGGAACUCAAGGUUUUCUCAGGACACCAAGAGUUGCUCAAGAGUGAGCUGUGCGACGUGAUUGUUGUGUCUUCUCCGAAUAUGACUCAUCAUCAGAUUCUGAUGGACAUCGUCAAUUAUCCAAAACCGCAUCAUGUUCUUGUUGAGAAGCCUUUAUGCACCACAGUUGCAGAUUGCAAACAGGUUAUGGAGGCUGCAAAGAAAAGGUCAGAUAUGGUGGUGCAAGUUGGGUUAGAGUACAGAUACAUGCCACCAGUAGCUAAGCUUAUAGAAAAAGUUAAAGGCAGAGACUUUGGAAACAUCAAGAUGGUAGCAAUCCGAGAACACAGAUUCCCUUUCUUGGUUAAGGUGAAUAACUGGAAUAGAUUCAAUGUGAACACCGGAGGUACCUUAGUGGAGAAGUGCUGCCACUUCUUUGAUCUCAUGAGGCUCUUUGCUGGUGCAAAUCCUGUCUGUGUGAUGGCUUCUGGAGGCAUGGAUGUGAACCACAAGGACGAAGUUUACGAUGGAAAGGUACCUGACAUAAUAGAUAACGCAUACAUUAUAAUUGAGUUUGACAAUGGAUGUCGGGGGAUGCUGGAUCUUUGCAUGUUUGCUGAAGGAAGCAAAAACGAGCAAGAAAUUUCUGUUACUGGUGACAUUGGAAAGGGGGAGGCACUUGUUCCAGAGGGUAUAGUUCGAUUUGGCAGCCGUGCUGAAGGAAGAGAACACGUUCAAACGAUAAAAGCUGAGGAUGAAAGAAUAAAAUAUGAAGGGUUGCAUCACGGGUCAAGUUACUUGGAACACCUGACCUUCUUAUCAGCAAUCAGAGGUGAAGGAAGAGCAGAUGUUGAUUUGGACGACGGAUUGAUGGCUGUUGCCAUGGGAGUUGCUGCACAGCUCUCCAUUGAGCAGCGCCGCUAUGUAAACAUUGACGAGGUCCUGUGA